UGUGUGUGUGCGUCUCUCUAUGCUGCUGCACGGCUCCGAGCAACUUACCGCAAGUUUCCCGCGAUCUGACGGCAGGAGGUGAAUGUUGCGGAUCUGUUAUAUCAUUGCUUUAUGGAUUUUUGCGGACAUCUCUAGCAGCCGUCGGGCUGUAACCUUAUGUGAUAGAUUUUCAUUAACGGGAGCUUUGCGCUGAUCUUUCGGCUGUCCACGUGAGCGCACAAAGCAGGUGCAGGGCUCCACUGAAGAUGGAGAUGGUCGACGCUUGGUGGAACGUGAUGCUGGAUGUAGUGUUGGAUCGCUGACCAUCAGAACGGCAUCGGGUGUCGAAUGCGCACAAAACCGGCCUGAACGUCCGCUACCAUCCGGUACUGCGAGUUUGAGCUCCAGGAUGACUGUGGUGGUGGUUGGCGAAAACAUGGACGAUACUUCCUCCACCAUGCAGGGUCACCCGCAGGACUCUCAGUAUUCCCCCGAGUGCUGCGAGCGGGUGGUUAUUAACAUCUCAGGACUGCGCUUCGAGACGCAACUCAAGACUCUGGCCCAGUUCCCAGACACUCUGCUGGGCAACCCUAAGAAGAGGAUGCGCUACUUUGACCCUUUACGAAACGAGUACUUCUUUGACCGAAACCGCCCCAGUUUCGACGCCAUCCUUUAUUACUAUCAAUCUGGAGGGAGGUUGAGAAGACCCGUCAACGUUCCCUUGGAUAUGUUUUCGGAGGAGAUCAAAUUUUACGAGCUCGGUGAAGAGGCCAUGGAAAAAUUCAGAGAGGACGAGGGCUUCAUUCGCGAGGAAGAGCGUCCCCUGCCAGAGAAUGAGUUUCAGAGGCAGGUCUGGCUGCUGUUCGAACAUCCCGAGAGUUCGGGGCCUGCCAGAGGGAUAGCGAUCGUGUCAGUCAUGGUCAUUCUCAUUUCCAUUAUCAUAUUUUGUUUGGAGACCUUACCAGAGCUGAAGGAGGAUUCGCACGGACGGGUCCAAGUGAUAGGCAACAGCACGAUUUAUUACAGACCGAACAUUCUGACGGACCCGUUCUUUGUCGUGGAAACGCUCUGCAUCAUCUGGUUUUCUUUCGAGUUGAUCGUUCGUUUUUUCGCUUGCCCGAGUAAAGCCGCCUUCUUCAAAAACAUGAUGAACACGAUUGACGUGGUGUCAAUUAUUCCAUACUUCAUAACGCUUGGAACGGAGAUGGCGGAGGAUAACGAGGGUGUAAGGGAGCCCAAGGGUGGAGGAGAGCAGGCGACGUCUUUGGCCAUUCUCAGAGUUAUCCGUCUGGUCAGGGUGUUUCGGAUAUUCAAGCUCUCCCGACACUCCAAGGGGCUUCAGAUCUUGGGUCAGACUCUGAAAGCCAGUAUGCGAGAGCUCGGCCUCUUAAUUUUCUUUUUGUUUAUUGGCGUCAUUUUGUUUUCCAGUGCGGUGUACUUUGCCGAGGCUGAAGAGAAGGAUUCUUUCUUCACGAGUAUCCCGGAUGCCUUCUGGUGGGCGGUGGUGUCGAUGACCACUGUAGGGUACGGGGACAUGUACCCCGUCACCAUAGGGGGCAAGAUAGUGGGCUCUUUGUGCGCCAUUGCUGGAGUGCUAACCAUCGCGCUACCGGUGCCUGUGAUCGUUUCCAACUUUAACUAUUUUUACCACAGAGAAACCGAAGGCGAAGAGCAGGCCCAGCUCCUCACUGUGAGCAAUCCAAACAUUGCGUCGGACACCAGUCGACGCAGCUCGUCUGUCAUUAGCAAAUCAGAAUACAUGGAAAUAGAUGAGGAUCUCAAUAACAGCAUUGAUAAUUUUAGAGAGGCGAACCUGCGAACCGGGAACUGCACUGUCUCCAAUCAAAACUGUGUCAAUAUGGGAAAGCGUCUCACGGAUGUUUAGAUAUCCCACACUUGUUAAAAGACACCUAAACUGUACAUAGUGUACUUUAUUAGUACUAUCAGAAUGCUUUACACGGGACCUCUGAUUUCACUGCGUACGUUUUUCUUAAAACAACCACAUUUAUGCAUUUGGCGGAUGCUUUGAUCCUAAGCAGCUCACAGUUCAAGCUGUACUCUCCUGGGAAUCAAGCCUAUGAUGUUGGCGCUGCUAGUUUCACGUUCUGUCAGUUUAGUUACAGGUAUACCAAAACAAAAGUUAGUCUAAAAUCUGCCUAUGGAUACCAAAAAUAAAUGUCAGGGGUAAUGAGAUGACAGAAUUACACCAAUACAUGUCGGCUACAUGGGGACUUAGAGACAUGCACCAUGGAUGUAUCCGUUUCUUUUUCAUUUAAUGUUUGUUUGUGUCUUUCAUAGGCUAAUGUAAACCAUUAACAAACUGAAUGUUCAAUCUCAAUUGAUGAAUUAUGCAGAUUAUGGCAUGUUUAAUGAAACCUCAAUGUCUGUUCUAUAUAUAUGGUACUAUGUAUCUUGCUUUAAUUGACACAUCACUGCCCAUUAAAAGCACAACUUAUAAGUAUUUAAAACUUUAAACAUCUAAAACCAGGCAGUAUUAAAGUAUUGAUUUUAAAGUUCAAGCUUUUAAAAAUGUACAUAUAUUUACUCAUCAAUUGUUCCGUAGUAAUUAAAAUAUAAAUGUAUGAUUCAUGAUAUAUUUCAACAAUAGUGCCUUUAACCUUCUAACUAAAAACUCAAGAGUCUGCAUGUGCAAUAGUUACAGCUGCGGGACCAUUUGAAUAUCUAAACAUGGUUACGAGACGGUCCCUUAAUAUCCUUGUACAUAUAACAGAGUCAAAUCUUCUGCAUCUCUGCUUCAGACAUUACUUUAUAAAAAAAAGUGUUAAACAUUUAAAGUUUGUUUGCCGAGCAUUGUUGUGGUUUAUUUGGCACUGGUUGCGUUGUGGUCGUUGGUUUAUCUACCUCAGAGAGUACGCUUCCAAAUUUUAGACUUUAUAUCAGUAUUGUCCCCCGCUUUCAGAAAUAAAAAAAUAAUAAUAAUGGAAUUAAAAAUAAAGGAUUAAAAACACGUCCAUUUACAAUAAGAGAAGUUAAAUUUUUUUUAAGAUGACAACACUAGCCAUUUCUGGGUGAUGCUAUGUCAACACAACAUAAAUAAUACACUAUAAUACGCACAGGGCAACAUCAGGGAUUGUGAUAAGUUGAAACUGCCAUUAAAAUAUCUGCAUCAAUGUAAGUGGAGAUCUUAAAACGGUACCUUUAAACUGAGUGUAGGUCUUGUCUUUCAAAACCUAAAGCACUUUAAUGAGACUUCAUGUAUUUAUACUGUAGGUUUUGUACAAGAAUGAGUUGAAGAAUGAAAGGUGAAACAACGAAUCUUAGGGCAGUGUGUUGAAUUUGUCCGUGUUGAUGGCAGUGUGUUAAAAACAACACACAAUCCUCAUCAGCAUCGUUUUCUUGCAACCCUUUAAUUCGUUUUUAGUGACAUUUAAGGUAUUAACUUCCUGCCUAAAACGGUUAAAUACCUUAAAUAGUUCAUUGUUUUAAAAAUAUUUUUUUACAAUGACAGGUUUAUAUAGAUGUCAAUAAAAGGUAUCUAUAUGAUGUUUAUUGUAAAUACAGUUUAAGAUACACUCACUUAUUAACAACAAAAAACAAACUGCAGGACCAAAUAUAGUGUUAUGCUUUUUAAUGUCAUAUAUGCAGGUUAUGAAGAUAUUAAUACUUAACAUUUAUUCAGAUUAUAAAAUUCAGAAAGAAAAUCAGAUCAAAAAACAGAUCAGACAACAUGUAGACACCAUCACGCGUUUUUAUUUUUAGAAAGUGUCUUACACGUCUGGGUUUCUUACAUUGUUAGCAUCAUUGUGGUUUACUGUAAGUUUAAAUGAAACUCUAUUAAAGCUGCAAUCCAUGUUUUUGGAGGUUAUAGAAUCUGUUAAAAGCGGUCUUGCCAACAACGGUGAGAUGAUAGUAAGGGGUUGGAUUUUGCAGUGAAAUGCAGAAAUAUGUAAAGAAAACAGCAAUUUGGUUUUGAACAGAGGUGGCGAUAGAGAGGCAAAAGUUACGAAUUGCAGCUUUAAGCUUUAAUUUUUUUGUUUUAAUGGGGAGUGUUAUGCCAUAUAUGAAACUGAAGCACUUUGAUAUUAUGCAUGCAGAGAGCUUCUGGACUCAUGUUGCUCUGAUGUGGAUCAUGCAGAUCCUGGGAAAAGCUUUUUCUUUUGUCCUUAUAUUUUGAUCAAAACAAACUAAUCUAAUUUAAUGUUUUGGUUGUGUUUUGAUGCUUAACAUACUUUAAUAUUUGUUGACUUGAGCUGUGUUCUGUUGAGGUUAUGACCACUUUAAGUCGAUUUUUUUUUACAGUUUUUAAAGAAUGUUUUUCUAAAUUCAUUUCAACUCAAACUUUAGGAAGAAUGAGAAGUAUUCAUGCUGAUAAAUAAAAUGAUUAAA